AUGGUAUUGAUGGACUAUGAACCUUCGGCGCAGGGCCAGGAGAGCUAUAUUCUGUGUGCGGACUGCGGGACAGUCAUCUCCAGCGCGAACGGAGCGGGUCUCUGCGUAGGCUGUCUGCGGAACUCGAUCGACAUCACAGAGGGGAUCCCCAAGGAGGCCUCUCUCAUGUUCUGCCGAGGAUGCGAGCGGUGGUCUUCCCCUCCUACAGCUUGGGUGAACGCUCAGCCCGAAUCUCGAGAACUGCUUGCACUCUGCCUCAAAAAGAUCUCCCGUCCCCUCCAAAAGGUCCGACUUAUCGACGCCGCCUUCAUCUGGACAGAACCCCAUUCCCGCCGGAUUAAAAUCAAGAUCACCAUUCAAAAGGAGGUCCUGGCGAAUACGGUCCUCCAGCAGACGUUCGUGCUCGUCUUUGUCGUGCACACUGGCCAGUGUCCGGCGUGCACCAAGCUCGCGGCGAAGAAUACGUGGAAGGCGACGGUGCAGGUCAGGCAGAAGGUGACGCAUAAGCGGACCUUCUUGUGGUUGGAACAGUUGAUCCUGAAGCAUAAUGCGCACAAGGAUACCAUCAACAUCAAUGAAAAGCGGGAUGGGUUGGACUUCUUCUACUCUGAGCGGAAUUCGGCCAUCAAGAUGGUCGAGUUCUUGGCGGGUGUUGUGCCUUGCCGAGUCAAGAGCUCGGAACAGCUCAUCUCUUCGGAAAAGCAAAGUAAUACGGCCAACUACAAAUUCACUUAUUCCGUCGAAAUCGUCCCCGUCUGCAAGGACGAUCUUGUGUGCCUUCCAUCGUCCCAGGCCAAAUCAUGGGGGAACAUAACACCAUUGACAAUCUGCUCUCGAGUGGGAAACUCGAUGCAUCUCCUCGACCCCAUGACACUUCAACAAACCGACGUGACUGCACCGGUCUACUGGCGCGGACCGUUCGAGGCGCUAGCGACGGUUACCGACCUCGUCGAGUUCGUCGUACUUGACAUCGAGCCAUCGGGACCCGUGCGGGGCAAGUACGUCCUCGCCGAUGCCCAGGUCACCCGCACCACACCCACCAACGCGGAGAAUGACCAGGACGGGAUGGGAGACGACGGAACUUUCCACACCCGUACCCACCUCGGCGCCAUCCUCCAGCCCGGAGAUACCGUUCUCGGAUACCACCUCACCAAGUCCAACUUCAACUCGGACCACUAUGAAUCACUCGACGCCGGCCGGAUCCCGGAUGUCAUCCUCGUGCGCAAGACAUAUCCAAACCGCCGCCGGAAGGCGCGUCCAAGGAACUGGAAGCUCCGGUCGAUCGCCAAGGAGGCGGAGGACGUUACGGAUGGCGCCAACACUCUGGGUCGAGGUGCGCUCGGACGGAGAGGUGGUGUGGACCAGAAGAAUGUCGAGAGGGAUUACGAGCUCUUCCUGCGGGAUCUAGAAGAGGACAAGGAGAUGCGCGCGGCGGUCAACUUGUACAGGCACGACGAGAUCAAGAAGGAUGCAGAUGGGGAUAUGGAGAUGGACGCGGCGCCAGCGAAGCCCGGGUCGGGGAUGAGGGGCGGCAAGCAGCGGCGGGGCAAGGCGGCCGCGGCUAUGGAGGUGGAGGAGGAUCUGCAGGGCGUGCAGGACGCGGAUGGGAGUGAAGCGGAUGAUGAGGAAGAGGAUUUCCCGGAGAUUGGGGUGGAUGAGCUGUUGGAGCACUUUGAGGAGAUGGGAAUGACGGAUGAGCUGGAGGGUGGAGAGGAAGUUAAUUAG